AUGUAUCGAGGCCUGCCUGUGUUAGCUUGGUUUCUCUAUGUGCUCUCCGCGUCCCUGACUGUACGCGCGGAGGACAAGCCAUGCACCCUGCAUGCGGACGGCAACUACUAUGACUUGAACCGGCUACAAGCAAGCAAAGACUAUGAUAUCAAGUCUGCAAGUGGACGUCAAUACAUUCUGAACGUGUGCAAACCCGUUUCGCACGAAACGUGGGCAUUGAAGGUAGACAAACCUGAGGAUGUGGCCGGCUUCACGCGUCGUGCACACGGGGACUUCUCCAUGGGAGACGUGAAUACCACGGUGGUACUUCGCGAGGGGAACCCCCUCAUCUUCAUGACGGACGGUUCUCGGUGCUCCAAAGAUGGGGACCUAACCGCUUCUACGGCCAUUCGCUUCAUCUGCGAUUCGUCUGCUGGAACAGGCGCGUGCAUGCCCACAAUGAUUGCCACCCUUCCUCCGGAUGAGGACACGGCGUGUGCGUUCGUAGUGGAAUGGCGGACCGAGAUGGCAUGCCCCACGUCUGAAGGAGGUAUCUUCGGAACCAUCGUUUCCGUGCUGGCAAUCAGCAUCGCGGUGUUGUUCGGCCUGUACUUGGUUGGCGGCACGCUGUACAACCGCUACGUGCUGGAGCUGCGAGGCAUGGACCAGAUUCCGAGCUUCUCGUUCUUCUCGCUCAGGGACAGCAUGGAGUUCAUCCAAGACUGCGUGGGGCGUCUGCGCCGGAGUUUCGGUAGGUCGUCUGACGCAUGGCAGUCGCGCAACUGGGGGGCACAGGACCGCUGGGGAGGUGGAGGGUCAUGGGGCGGUUCUGGACGAGCGGGCUACAGCGGACUGCGGGCAUCGGCUGAGGAGGAGGAGGGCAUGUUGCCACCGGGACCACCCGGUUUCCUGGACGAAGAGGAUGAGGAGGAGGAGGAGAUGGGUCACGGGCAGGCAAACGGUCCGCCUUCGGGCAUGGACUCGGAGGGUGGUGCUUGUGCGCGCGGUCCCGGUGUUGACGGCUGCUUGGGCGGGGGCACAAAGGCGACGGGCGCCUCGCGGUACUCCAUGUAUGCUGGAUCGGAGGACUAUGGGGAACUCGUGUACCCCCAGAUCCCUCCCUAUCAGCCGGGUGUCGUGCAGCACCAUCCCGGCCCUCCUCCUCGCCAAAUGUCCGAGGGUGACCUCCAACAUGCCAUGCAAUAUCGUGGUAUGAUGCAUAUGCCUGGCCAGUUCCCUCCGUCUCCGAACCUCUAUGACCCUCUCUCGCCCCCGGUGUCCGGAUCAGACACCUCGGACGGCAUUUACCACCACUCGCGUAACAGCAGCGCCAACGGGUCUCCCUCCUCCUCACGAGCCAAUAGCUUAGUGCACCGACACCCUUUACGCUUCAACCCGACCCCAUCUCCUACCAGCUCGUCUGGCCGCCGUAGUCGCGGGCAGUCUCCUUCCGACGACGAAAUGGGUCCUUCCGUGGUUGACCUCGCGAACACAAGGAAAGAGGCGACCAGGCGGCAACGCAUUGAGGCCGAACAAAGGCGUCGGGACGAGCUUCGCGAUGGGUACGCGAGAUUGAAGGACGUACUGCCGGUUUCGAAUCAGAAGAGUAGUAAGGUGUCCUUGCUGGAGCGCGCGACGGCACACAUCGUCAGCAUGGAGAAGACAAACCGUCAGCUCCAAGCGCGGUUGCAGCAACUCGAAUCCGAAGUCACACGUCUCCGUUCUUUGAACGAAAAGAUCUCUCUAGGCGUCAACAACUCUCCGUCGCCUGGACAGGGCAGCAUGGACAGCCGUCCUCUGUCCCCUCCUCCUGAGGGCACGCAGCCCUCCCAGCCUCCAUCUUCGCAUCAGCUCAACUCAAUUGAUGCUCCUGGUACCGACUCGAGCCCAUCGGCAUCGGAAGGCGACUUCUGA